AUGCAGAACGGCUCUGAGCCUGAGGAACCCGAGUUGCCCGACUUGAGCUCGUCGGACGGCGAGGAGCCGCUCUACGCGCCUUAUGAUGACGAGGGACACGACACCGAGAGCUCGACAAGCCUCGCCGACGAUGAUGCCGAAUAUGACCCGAAGCCUGGCAAGAAGAGGGUCCGCUUCCAAGGGGCCGUCCAGCGGCGAUCCAUCACGCCCAGCUGUCCAAGACCCGCACAACGCCUGAGAUGGGGCACCAAGUGUAACAUACAGAGCAGUGACAAAAUCGAGUGCCCGGACAAUGAGACCAUUGUCUCGCGCAUGGGGUCCGCUUUGCUGGAACGCUACAAUCUUCGCGAUUCCCGUGUGGCCCAGACGAAACAGCUGGUCGAGUGGGAAGAGGGCACCGUGCUCCACCAAGAGUUCGAGGUAGAAAAGUGCCUUACUUCCGGCGACGUAGAAGCGCAUUGCCAUCGAUACGACGUGAAAUCCCUCGAGACUGGGCGAAAGUACCGAUACGUUGCGGAAAUUCUAGAAGCCAUCCCUUCAAUCGUCGACUUUGAGCAAAAGUUUCUUUGGCAGGCAAACAAGGCCCACGACGCUGACUAUUUCGGCGGCGCCUAUUUUCGAGCAGGCUGCCUGCGCGACCAGCUCGAUGGCAUUCAACCGCACCAAUACUACCUCCAAGAAAUACACGAAAAAGUCGGACUGACUGCCGUCGGGUGCAAGAUGCAGCUGCGCGACCCAGCGCACUAUUCUUUCCCGUAUUGGCUGUACAGAAGCUUACUAAAGAUUGUGGAGAGCCUAUCGAACCUCGGAUACGUGCUGCGUGAUAUCUACCCAGGGAUGUUCGCGUACGAUCUGCGCUCCGAAUGCAUCGUCUUGACCGAGUUCAACUUCACCUACAAGAGGACAGCGACGAUGCCCUCAAAAGGAUGCACGUGGGAAGGCGCGUUGGAAAUAGCACCGCUCAGCUUCCUUGCCGGUGAUCGACGACCGCUCAAUCUGCUCGACAACAUUGAAUCCGCGUGGUACCUCGUCGUCCACAUGCUCUACCACCCAAUCUGGUUCACGGAUCCCGGAAACACUGGACACGUGCGCAACGCAAAAUUGCACCAUAUUGGCGAGACACCGGCGGCAUUCAACGGAGUUGCCGCGCUCGGCUCGAGGCUAUACGAUCGUCUUAACACUGGUAUGCGCGCCCUCGUACGCGCCAUUCGUAGUUAUGCUCGGGACGACGUCGACGAUGUCCAGAUGAAUCAACUUACUGCGAAGCUCUACGACAUUCUGGCCAAAAUCCCGGCGCCCAGCCUAGCGGACAUCUGCAACUUUUUCGAAAUUCAGGAGAACGCAAUCAUGCAUGGCCUGUACGUUCAAGCGGUCGCCCGUCGAAUGGAACAUCUGCAGGCGCGUCACCGGAAGACAUGCGCGCUGCGGGCCCAGCAAAAUCUGGUGGAUGAAACCGUUGGCAGACACAAGGAGCGCGCUUUUCGAUUGCGCCUGAAGGACGUCCGCGAAAAGUACCGCCAAAUCGACUUGAACCAACUGGCCGACGACGCGGAAAACUUUGCAGGUCCCUUCGCGCUGCCUGCCGAGCAAAUUCAAGUCCGCGCGGAUCGUCGUGGCGUGAAUCAUCUGAUGUCAAUCGAAGUAAACUUUCUCAGAUGGGAAACAGCUCGGCAAAAUAUGAAACUGCCACGGAAGACGAGGAGCCCCAGCCAACGACUUCACGCAAGAAGAAAGGCAAGAGGGGUAAACGCAGCGCCUCAGCUACAGAAGACGAACCAUCAUCUUCCACUACGAAAAAUCGCCAAGCUCGACACCACAAAAUAUGUCUACGAGAAGCUAUUCCUAGCGGGAGAGCAGAGUGAUGUCUCGAUCCUGGCCGUCGGCCAUAUCUGGAGCUUGCACAAGCUCUACCUGAAGCAGUGCAAGUAUUUUGAUGCGUUAUUUGGGAGCGAAUCGAGUUGGAAGGGAAAAGACGACCAUAAGGUGAGGCUCGAAUUUCCCGACGGGAAAGUCACUGUUCCAGCGCUGCACGCGGUACUUGGCUCGCUCUACUCCAACGAGAUCGAGCUCGAUAUCAAGGAUAUCGAGGGCAUCCUGGCGGCCGCGUCGUUUUUGCAAUUGGAAAGCAUCCUGACGCGCUGCGACGAGCUGAUGGCCCAGAAUAUAAGCGAUGAUUCCGUUCUACAAUUUGCGAUACUCGCCAACCGGUACGGGCUGUGGUCGGUGGUGAAAAAGUCGGAGCGCUUCUUGCAAUAUGGAUUCUGGCGGUUGUCGAAAUCGCCUAAAUUUUUGAAGGAGUUGCCUUUUGAAGCACUUGCUCGUCUACUCUCCUCCUCCGACACGCUGUCAAUUGAGGGCGAGAAGGAGUUUUAUCAAUGCACGAGAAAGUGGAUCUAUUUGCACGAGGGUGGCAAAGUCUCGAAAAACAAGGAUGAGUUCGAGAGGUCCAUUACGGAAUUUUACAAGGCAAAUCCGGGGUCAUUCGAGAAGUAUGCAGCUUUGUGGAGCGGAAUUCGGGUGCACCAUCUUUUGACGUCCAGCAAGGAAGCUGAUCAGCUACGAAAAGAUGGCAUUAUUCCGGCAAAGUUGAUCGACCAAGCGAUGGUGGAUUGUUGGAAGGGUUUUUUGAGAAACGAGGAGGAGCCGAAUGAAGUAAACGAAAUCAGCGAGGAAGCCUUCUACCUCUGCGCGUUGCGUGAGGGCAUGGUGGUCGAUGAGGACCCGAAGCUCUGGCGUCUCAUCAGCCACAACAGCGGCCUGGACCUGUUGCUGCAAUAUACGCAAAGAUACAUCACAAUCCGGCGCAACGUCCUUUCUCAGCCCACCACAAGAACCGUGUCGAUCAACGGGACGAAGAAGGUCUAUUAUAGAAUUGUCGUCACCGACGCUAAAGGCACGCAGCUCCACGAUACCGGAAGGGAGAGCAUCGAGUUGAGGAUGGAUCAUGUUGUGGUGAUUGCCCGCUUCGCCACCGUUUUCGAGUUGCCGCUCUCGGUGCACAUCUUCCAUCUAUCAUCUCCUCCGUGUCCGCCGUCUUUUCUAUACGUCAACCAGUACCUCAACCAACUCCACGCCAAAGAAGUUCAGCUACAGACGGACGAUGACGAGGAAGAAUCCCCAACCCCAACCGCCUCGUCCCCGGAUUCGAAUUCUAAUUCUUCUGUCGAAUUG